GGUGGUGAUAGAAGCGGAUGCGUUUAAGGAGACGGAUGUUAUUUAUAGAGCUCUUAGCUCUAGAGGUCACCAUGACGAUAUGCUUCAAACUGCUGAAUUGGUGCAUCAAUCAUCUACGGAUGCAGCGUCGUCGUUACUAGUAACAGCAUUAAACGAAGGACGUGAUGUGAUAAUGGAUGGAACGUUAUCAUGGGAGCCAUUCGUCGAACAUAUGAUAACAAUGGCAAGGAACGUCCACAAACAGAGAUAUCGAAUGGGCGCAGGCUACAAGGUCUCCGAAGACGGCACAACGACCGAAGAAUAUUGGAGAGUACAAGAAACUGAAGAUAAUGGGAAACAACAAAACUUGAAGCCUUACAGAAUCGAGCUGGUCGGUGUGGUUUGUGACGCUUAUCUCGCGGUAGCUAGAGGCAUACGGAGAGCUCUAAUGGUGAAGAGAGCAGUGAGAGUAAAAUCUCAGCUAAAGUCACACAAGAGUUUUGCUGUUGCAUUCCCAAAGUAUUGUGAGCUUGUUGAUAACGCUAGGCUUUACUGCACCAAUGCUGUUGUGAGCUUUACCCGGAUCCGAGCCUUUUAAGCAAGCCUGGCUCUGUUUGGAAUGAUGUCGUUUUAGUGCCCUCUAGGCCCAAGGUCCAGAAGGAACUUAACGAUGCCAUCAAGAAAAUUGAAAAGGCCCAAGCGAAAAAUUGACGAUAUUGUGAACUAGC